UUCUUCCUUAAACAGACACAGAGCUUGAGCUACAUUACACACAGAAGAGUAGCAUUCUUAAGUGUUUUUACAUACGAUGCUUUGGAUUACAGAGUUCUCCGGCUUCUUCUCCGCUGCUUUAGCGGUGAUCCUCCUCUCUCCGUCACUCCAGUCCUUUUCUCCGGCGGCGGCAAUCCGAUCUUCCCACCUCGACGCCUACUUCAGACCAUCACCAUCAGCCUCUGAUCACUCCGUCCGCAACUUCUCGUACAGAGAGUCUCCGAUACUCCGUAACGCCGACGAAUGCAGAUUCUCCGGCGGUGAUCCCGGCGUCUGCAACCCUUCUUACGUCCACGUGGCAAUCACUCUCGACUUCGUGUACCUUCGCGGCUCGAUCGCCGCCGUGAACUCCGUCCUCCAACACUCGGCUUGCCCGGAGAGCAUCUUCUUCCACUUCCUCGUCUCGGAAACAAGCCUCGAAUCCGUGAUCAGAUCAACGUUCCCGAGGCUCAAUUUCAAGAUUUACUAUUUUGCCCCUGAGAGGGUGCAGUCUUUGAUAUCCUCCUCCGUGAGGCAAGCGCUCGAGCAGCCGUUGAACUACGCGAGGAACUACCUCGGAGAGCUGCUCGAGCCUUGCGUGGACCGGAUCAUAUACCUAGACUCGGAUAUCGUCGUCAUCGACGAUAUCCUGAAUCUAUGGAAAACGGGUCUAGGCCCGAGCACGAUCGGGGCUCCGGAGUAUUGCCACGCGAACUUCACGAGCUACUUCAACGGAGCGUUCUGGUUCGACGAGAGGUUUAACGAGACGUUCAAAGGGAGGAAGCCUUGCUACUUCAACACGGGAGUGAUGGUGAUGGAUUUGAAGAAAUGGAGACGGUUCGGGUACACGGAGACGAUCGAGAAGUGGAUGGAGAUUCAGAAGGCGGAGAGGAUUUACGAGCUGGGCUCUCUUCCCGCGUAUCUACUCGUGUUCGCUGGUCAUGUUGCUCCGAUUUCGCAUCGGUGGAAUCAGCAUGGACUCGGUGGGGAUAAGGUUAAAGGUAGUUGCCGUGAUAUGCAUGAGGGUCCGGUGAGUUUGCUUCAUUGGUCUGGUAGUGGCAAGCCAUGGUCUAGGAUUGAUGCGAAGCAUCCGUGUCCUUUGGACUCAUUGUGGGAACCUUAUGACUUGUACAAACGUUCGCAUUGACGUCAAUGCUUGUGACCUGACCUAUU